AUGGCUAAAAAGAUUAUAAGCUCCAAGGAAAGGAAUCUAUCUGCGCUAGUAGUUGAUGAUGAUACCGUCUGCAGGCUGGUUCAUGUUGCAUACUGUGAAAGUCAUAACUUUGAAACCUGUUCUGUUGAAAAUGGCAGGGAAGCAGUAGAUCUUGUUCGCUCAGGGAGACAGUUUGAUGUCAUUUUUAUGGAUUUCUCGAUGCCAGUUAUGAAUGGUAUACAGGCUACUAGGGAAUUGCGUGCAAUGGGAGUGAAAACCAUGAUUGUUGGAAUAGAUUGUGAUCCAGACUUUCUCGGUGAAGAUCCUUUUCAAGCUGGUAUGGAUCGUGUUUAUGAGAAGCCCAUGACACAUGAGAUCGUCAUAUCUGUUCGUCAAGCGCUUCUAAACAACUAUAAUAUGUAA